AUGGAAUACCGAAACAAGCUUGUCCUUGCUCCCAUGGUUCGAGUUGGGACGUUACCGUUGAGGCUGUUGGCGGCUGAAUACGGAGCAGAUAUCACCUAUGGGGAAGAGAUUAUCGAUCAUAAGAUGGUCAAGUGCGAGCGCAGAGUUAAUGAAAACAUUGGAUGUACUGAUUUUGUCGAGAAGGGAACAGAAACAGUUGUUUUCAGAACCUGCCUUCAAGAGAGAAACCAAGUGGUUUUCCAAGUUGGGACCUCAGAUGCAGUCAGGGCUUUGAAUGCUGCUCAACUAGUAUGUAAAGAUGUUGCUGCAAUAGAUGUCAAUAUGGGUUGCCCCAGGUCAUUUUCCAUAAGUGGUGGCAUGGGUGCUGCCCUGCUUAGAAAGCCUGAGCUCAUUGCUGAUAUUUUGACAACACUAAGGAGAAACUUGGACAUUCCAGUCACGUGUAAAAUUAGACUGCUGAAAUGCCCUCAGGAUACGGUUGAACUAGCCAGGCGAAUUGAAAAAACUGGCAUUUCUGCUGUUGCUGUUCAUGGAAGAAAAGUUGCAGAUAGACCAAGGGAUCCUGCUAAGUGGAAUGAGAUUGCAGACAUUGUAGCUGCAUUAUCUAUACCAGUCAUAGCAAAUGGUGAUGUCUUUGAGUAUGGUGAUUUUGAGCGUAUCAAAGUUGCAACAGGUGCCACAUCGGUAAUGGCGGCAAGAGGAGCUCUUUGGAAUGCCUCAAUUUUCUCGCCUGUGGGGAAAUUAGAUUGGGAAGAUGUCAAAAGACAGUAUAUUCGAAAAAGUAUCCUAUGGGACAAUGACGUAAAAAGCACAAAGCACACUUUGAGGGAAAUGAUAAUGCAUUACUCUUGCCUUGAACUCCCUGAAGGAAAAGAUCUGAUAAAAUCAGAAACAUUGGCAGAUAUAGUGCGACUUUAUGGAGAGGAAAAGUAUUAUCAGUUCGUCAAUGAAAAUAGGACUAUGCUCAAUGGCGGACACAGGGAGGGGAAGUUUAUGGUUGCUCCUGAGAUUUGA